CAUUAAUAGAAUAGAGAGAAAUGGAGGCUCCACAGAAGAGAUGCCGUAAAUCUGUGGUGUGGGAGCAUUUCCAUUUGGAAACCCCAAAUAAAGUGAGAUGUAUGUAUUGUGAUAGGCAGCUAGCCUACUUCAACAAUACAUCAUCCAUGAUGCGCCAUUUGAGGAGCACUCAUCCUGCCAUUUUGCAGUGUGCAGAGGAUGGUAACAUUCCCCCUGUACCUAGGCCUGCUACUGACACUGCUGGGCCAUCUAAACAAGGCAGACAGAGGGAAUUGGAUGAGGCUCUUGUAGACAUGGUGGUAAAGGAUUUGCAGCCCUUCACUAUCGUGGAGGAUGAGGGUUUCAUGGCUUUUGUGAACAAACUUGAUCCAAGCUAUGUCCUCCCAUCCCGGAAGGCACUUAAAACGAUGGUAACCGAAAGGUACAACAUUUCUAAGGAGAAGACAAUGGAGGACCUAAAAAAGGCAGAUUUUGUUAGCCUUACAGCUGACAUGUGGUCCUCCAUUAAUAUGGACGGAUACCUUGGUGUUACUUGCCACUACAUAACACCAGAGGCAAAGCUGGCAACUGUUGUACUGGGUGUAAGGAGGUUUUACCAAACACACACAGCCCAGCAUCUCAUGGAGGCUAAAGCUUUGCUAAUGGCCGAGUGGGGAAUAACCACCAAAGUUCAGUGUAUGGUGACUGAUAAUGCAUCCAACAUGAUCUUAAGUGCCCAGCUACUGAACCUUCGGCAUGUCCCAUGUUUUGCCCACAAUUUAAAUUUAAUUGUAAAAAAGGCCCUAGAUCAAACCCCACUCAUCAAUGAAAUACGACAGAAAGCCAGAAAGAUAGUGGGGUUAUUUAGAUCCAGCUGCAAAGCAAAGGACAAGCUUGUGGAGAUGCAGGGCUUGAUGGGCAGACCAGCUCUGAAACUGAUGCAGGAGGUGGACACAAGAUGGAACAGCACUUACGACAUGUUGCAGCGCUUGCAUACCACUUUACAGGAUGUUGCAGCACAAGCUAUCGCAGAAAAAAGGCCAAUCAGCACAGGAAUCAACUGCACAAUUAGGCACACACCUGCAAGAAGGUCUGCACUCAAGAUGUGGUGGGUACGAGUCAUUCAGAGCCUUGGCUCUGGCUACACUGCUGGACCCAAGGUUCAAAAAUGUGGGUUUUGGAAAUCCUGCCAAAGCCCAGGAGGCUGAAAAGCAGAUCACACUGGAGUGUGCUUCGCUGAUGCGUUCAAACACAGCAACUCCUGAGCCACAGUCAACAUCAGGCCCAUCAUCAUCAUCAUCAACAACAACAUCAACAACAGAAACCCAGG